AUGUGUAAUUCACAGGCAUAUGAACUUCGGAUUCUGGUUUUUGGAAAGACUCAAAGUAAAAAAUCAAUUCUAACCAACUUCAUCACUGGGAAAAAAGAUUUGACUGGGGAUCUUCUGCAAAAGGUGUCCCCAUCCACUACAGUCACUCAAGGACAGUAUAGGAAAACACGCCUAACAAUAGUGAAAACUUCAGAUGUCUUCAGUUUAGCUGGAGAGAAGGUGAAGCAUGAAAUGAAGAAGUGUGUGGCUCUUUGCCCCCCUGGACCAAAUGUUCUGCUCCUGUUAGUAAAGCCUUCUGAAUUCAGUGAAGAAGACAGACAAAAACUAAAGCUCAUCCUAAGAUUCUUUGGUCAAGAUGCUUUUAAAUAUGCAAUGGUCAUUUUGACACAUAGUGAGGAGAAAACAACUUCAGCUGUGGAUCGACUCAUACAGGACUGUAGACAAAGGCAGCAGAGAAUCAACUUUGACAAAAAAGAUCUGCCAGAAAAGGAUCUUCAAGAACUUGUGGAAAAGAUGGAGAGCAUAGUGAAUGAAAACAGAGGAGGCUAUCUAAACAGAGGUGAAGAAGCUGACACCACAACUUUUAAACCGCCUCUUAACCUGGUAUUGUGUGGGACAUAUGAAGUUCUGAAGAGUUCAGCAGCCAAUGCCAUUGUAGGAAAACACCAGUUUGGUAAACCUGCUGACUCCUCAGAAUGUGUUAAGAUGGAGACACAGGUGUGUGGACGUUUAGUGUCCCUGGUGGAGAUGCCUGCUUUGUAUGGAAAAUCUCCUGAGGCAAUAAAGAGCUGCAAAAAGCAAUGUGUUUCUCUCUGGAAUCCCGAAGGUGUCCAUGCCUUUAUCCUGGUCCUUCCUGUGGGACCCCUCAGUGACGAAAACAAGCGAGAGUUAGAGAUCAUCCAGAAUGAAUUUGGAUCUCAGGUCAUCAACUUCACCAUGAUUCUUUUUGCAGUGGAAUCAGAUCCCACAGUUCCAGUUGUUGUCAACUUUAUUAGUGAAAACAGAACCAUCCAGGAGCUCUGUCAGAGGUGUGGAGGACGAAACAUCAUCUUCAACAUCAAAGACAAGCAGCAGGUCUCUGAGGUGUUGCACACUGUGGAGAAGAUGACAGCUAUGGGAUCUAAGUGCUUCACAAGACAAAUGCUUGUUAAGCCUCGAUUGAUUAAACUCAAAGGAAACCCUUCACAGAAGACAGAAUCCUUUGAUAAUCCCAACCACAGCCCAGAUGCUCUCCGGAUAGUGAUGAUUGGGAAGACUGGCUGUGGGAAGAGUGCAACUGGAAACACCAUUUUAGGCCAAAAAUGCUUUUAUUCUAAAGCCUGCAUGAAGUCAGUGACAGAGGUUUGCAAAAAAGCAAAAGGAGUGGUCAAUGGCCAUCCAGUUGCUGUGGUCGACACACCAGGCUUGUACGACACGACUCUGUCCAACCAUGAAGUCAAACAGGAGCUUGUGAAAUGCAUCAGCUUGUUGUCUCCAGGACCUCACGCGUUCUUACUGGUAGUGCAGAUUGGUCGAUUUACCAAAGAAGAAAAAGACACAGUAGAGCUCAUCAAGGAGUUUUUUGGCAAGAAAUCAGAAGACUUCAUUAUUGUUAUAUUCACCAGAGGAGAUGAUCUUCAAGAUCAAACAAUAGAGAGUUACAUGGAAGAAGUCAGCGAUGACUUUGUUAAAAAACUGAUUGGCGACUGUGGAGGAAGAUACCAUGUUUUCAACAACAGAGAUCAAAAUAAUCAUUCACAAGUCGCAGAGCUUUUAGACAAAGUACAAACAAUGGUGAAGAAAAAUGGUGGCAGCUGCUACACUACAGAGAUGUUCCAAGAAGCUGAGGCAGCCAUACAAAAGGAAAUGAAGAGGAUCCUAAAAGAGAAAGAAGCAGAUAUGGAGAAAGAGAUGGAAGAACUUCAAAGGAAACGCGAUGAAGAAAUUCAGGCGAAAAAGAAACAAAUUGAUCAAGAAAGAGCAGAAAAAGAAGAAGUACUGAAGGAGAAGGAAGAACUGAUUAACCAGGAACAAGAGAAGACAAAGAGAGAGGAGGAAAAGAGAGAACAGGAGACCAUAGCAUCAAUAAGAUAUGAAGAAAAACUCCGAAUGCAGUGGGAAGAAAAACUUGAAGCUCUUGAGCAGAAAAUAAAAUCAGAAUGUGAAAAAAAUGUGCAUGCUGACAGAAAGCUGAUGGAAAACCGAGAAGAGAUGAAAUUAGAACGCGAAGCUUGGGAAAAAGAACGCAAAGAAUGGUGGGAGAAACGAAAUCAAGAAGACAAACAGAGAAAAGAGGAGGAACAAGCGCUGCUUAUAAAGCUCAAGGAAGAAUAUGAUAAGGAAAGAAAUGAAUAUGAAAGCAAAAUAAAAGAACAAGAUAGACUCAGGAGAGAACAAGAGGAGAGAGACUGGAAAUUAGCGCAGGAUAUCUAUGAGGCAAAAGUCAAGGAAAUGAAGAAGAAAAUUGCAGAAGAAGCCAGAAAGCAAGCAGAAGAAUUCAAUGAGUUCAGACAGAAAUAUUCAGUAGAUUUUGCAGCGUUGAGAGCAAAGCAUGACUGUGAGAUGGAAGACAUGAAGCAAAAACAACAAAAAAGCAACGCCAUCAUACUUAAACAUCUGCUCAUGAAGAGAGAAUACAAGAGAGACUUUGAGAGACUGAAGAAAAAACAGGAACAAGAAAUAGAUGAGCUGAAUUACAAUCUUUCUAUAGGAAAUGAGGGCGAGCCAAAUGAAGAAGAUAUCAACCAACUACAGCUAGAACAUGAUAAACAAAUCAAUGACUGGAUAGAAGAAUGUGUACAGAAAGCUGACGGAGAUAAGUCUUGCACCAUUUUAUGA